CAGAACCAAUCCGUCAUGCCUAAGAGAAAAAAAACGAACCAAUCCCCUCAGUGCAGACAGAGCACGCCGACGCCUUGAUCUACCUCUCCCGGCCAUCUCCGGCGACGCCGACGGGAUCCUCUCGGCUCACUCUACCCAUUCCCCUAGCUCACCUAGUCCACCGUCGCCGCCGCCAAAUCCCCCACACUCCCGCUCCCAUCCUCUUCUCCCGGGAUGCAAGCAGCUGCGCGGAGGGGCGCGGCGGCAGCGGCGGCGGCGGCGGCGUCCUUCCACUCCACCGCCGCGGCGCUCUCCAAAUCCACGCCCCGUAUUCGGUUCAAUGUCCGAGAAAAGCGCACCGACGCGAAGAAUGCCCUUAAGAACAUUCUGCUUAAUGGCGGUCCCUCCCAGGAAAGAAGUAGUAAACAAACGAGGCAGCAGAAAGCUGGUGGCAAAUCGAAAGUACGCUCCGGUCCUGGAAGUAAUCCGUAUAGCAAAGGCAGAGGUGGGAUAGACUGGAGGAACUUUGAUGGUGAUGAUUCCAGCGAUAGCCCUUACGGGAGUGUUGGCGGCAAGACAUCUUUUACGUGGUACUGGCCCGGGGAGGAGGAUGAUGAUGACCUUCCUAAUGGGUUCCAAUGGAGGGAGGAGCCUCGACCGAACAAAUCAAGGGAAAAAGUUUGGAACGAGAGCGAUGUGGAUGAGGAAGAGGCCCCUCGUCGUGACGAUAUGAAAAGCCACAGAAUAUCCCUUGGCUUGCCUGCCUUGGGCCCCUUAAAGCUUGAUCAUAUUAAGUCCGCUUUUCGCGCGUCGGCUCUCAAGUGGCACCCGGACAAGCACCAAGGAUCUUCACAGGCUGAAGCAGAGGAUAAGUUCAGGCGCUGUGUCGAAGCGUACAACGCCUUGUCUGGUGCUUUCAAACGGAGUAGCUAAGUAGCCGCCGGUCUGGUUCUUGACAAGCAUGCAGGAAUAAGUUGAAUUUUCCUUUCCGGGGUCUAGGCAGCGUCGAUGAAACUAGGGUUUCAAAACCAACUGAACAAGUAUUUGGUGCUCAUAUUCAUCAGGAGCCUGAAGAUGAGCCCCCAGCAGUGCACACAUAGUGGAGGGUUUGUUGCUUUGAACUAGUAGGAAGCAUUCAUGUAAUAUAUACAAAUUUUGAACGAGAACUCAAAUUAUUUCAAGGUGUCAGCAAAUGCACAAUGUUCCUAAUAAAGACAAUUUUUUUCUGUCCGUAA